CCCGCACAGAGCAAGCUCGCGUUUGUAAAUGGGCUAGGGAGAAGGUCCUCGGUAGUGGCUACAUCUGCUUUAUUAACAUGUAGCUUAUCAUAUUCUACCAUCUUCUACUGCUCCAUAUACUGCACCGCGGCCGCAUCCCACCAGGCUAUCUCACCAAGCUACUUCGAAAUUUCACAAUGGCCAACAAAAAGAUUCUAGUUGGGAUUGAUUAUGGGACCACGACUACGCGUGUCACAUACGCCAUUUGGGACCCCAGAGAUCCCUGGUGUAGAGAUGUCAGACUGCUUGACAUUGCGGGCCCCGGUGGUAUCCCGUCGACAAUCGAUAAUGGACAGGGAGGGUCCUGCACCUGGACCAAAAUUCUCCUAGAUGCAAACUAUCGACACCCAGGCUACCAGAGCCGUGUCUUACGCGAGUUACAAGGCUCGGGGUAUCUAAGUGUCCCAGAUCCACAUUCAUGUCAAACUGUCAUUAUAGAAUUCCUGAGAGUCUUGCUCAACAAAAUUAAGCUAUUUCUACGAAACGUGACCGACUUUGACCGAUUGUCAGUUACUGGUUCUCUAUCCCCGACUGCUGGUUAUACUGGUAGGCCGCAAGACAACGUUUAUUUCUUGUCUGAAGGUGAAGCUGCAGCGGUGGCUGUUCAGCACCGGAUAUCAGAUGACAAGCUACAACCUGGCACUCCGUUCCUCGUCGUGGACUGCGGCGGGGGCACGACAGACGUGACCACACUCGAAAUUACAGAUGCCACUGGUGUUGCUCGCAGUUUUACCAAUUUGGGUACUACCGUCGGACUCCACGCCGGCGGAACACAGGUCGAUUGUGAGUUCGUACUCGUGCUGGAAAACGAACUCAAUGCGGUACCCGAAAGAAUGUGGGAUUUGGCAACUUUGCGUGGAAUAAUGGGACAGAUUGAGCGCCUGAAGUUUCAUUUUUUGGGGCGUCAAUCUGGCACUCUCCAUCUCCCCAAACGACCACAGCUCUUGGAUGCUGCGACUAUGGAGAGAACUGUGGAUAAAGUAGUCGGUCGAAUUUCAUUGCGUGUUGUGGAUACUGCCUGUCAAGAUCCCAGGAUUAAGACAGUCAUUCUUGUUGGAGGGUUUGGACAAUGCCCGCGUCUUCAAAACAAGCUCAGAUGGGACCUGCAAGAGGUAGGCCGUUCGUUGAUUGUGAUGCAACCGUACCAGCAUCAACUCGUCUCUCACGGGGCAACCCUCUUUGGCCUCGAAUUAGCACAUCGGCGAAGCGGACUGUCUCUCAAAAACUACGGCGUGGUGUCCGUGGUGUCCCCUGGUUAUGGAAACACUGGAGAAGCCUCGCGGGUGCCCUUCUGGGUCAUACGAACGAACGACAGGUUCCAGGAACCCGGCCAAGGAUGGCUUGACGUCCUACUUCUUUAUGACGGCCACGGCACCACCGUUAAGACUAUUCCAUUGAUCGAAAACAAUUCUGGCAUAGCUCCAAACAGGAUAGACGAUAGCGUCCGCGAGGUUCAUAGUAUUUGCUGCAACUUGGAAAAUAUUUCUCUACAGAACUCGACAGUCCCACGCCAACCUCUUCCUGGUGCAGGAGGAACUGUAUUCCUUCUCACGGCUACAGUUCACUGGCAAUUCAUAAACAAUCCCUCAAGAAUCAAAUUCACCGCUGCUAUCCUUGGCGUAUGCGUUGGGGAGAAGGAGAUACAUAUCAACUAUUGAUCUUACGGCGAUCCUCCAACGUUGUUCCAUCGACCAUUAGCCUGCCGCUGCUAUCUUUGAUCUUCCUUGGUUUCUUGGUCCUGUCGUUGGAUUUAUUUUGUGGCUGAUGCAUCAUUGUUUUCUAUUAUUGUCGCUCCUUACAUUCAUUUUCUUUAAUCACUACUCGUUUGCGAUAGUACAUGGCCCGUCUCGUUCUGCACAACUCGGAUAUUAUAUCUCAUGACAUUACUAGCAAGGGCGCAGAAAUAGAUUGCGAGUCAAUCAUCUCAUUUGGACGGGCAGAAUGGUUGGAUGGCCUCAGCCAGAGACGCAGAAAUUCGCCUGGUAGUAGUCGUUGAGGAGCUGCAAUCAAUCUAGUAAAUCGCCAAAUCGCGG